GGAGGGGCUGUGCCGGGUUUUUGGGACCCCUGGGGGGGGGUUUCAGGUUUUGGGGGGUCCCGGGGGGGUCUCGGGGGGUCCAUGGGGAGCGUUUGGAAGCGGCUGCAGCGCGCGGGGAAACGCGCGGCCAAAAUUCGCUUCGAGGCGACCCUCGAGGAGCUGCUGGUGGAGGGGGGGGGCAGCUGGACCCCCGACAGACUGACCGUGGUGUGGAGCCGGCGGCACCGCAGGGUCUGCUCCAAGCCCCGCAGGUGGCAGCCGGGCAUCCAGAACCCGCAGCGGGGGAUGGUGGUCUGGGUGGUGCCCGAGACCCUCGAGGUGAUCGUGACCCUGUACCGGGACCCCCAGGCCGCCACCUUCGAUGACAAAUCCUGGAACUUCCUCGUGGUGAACGAGUCGCGGGGGCGGCGCUCGGUGGUGGCCGCGGCCCCGCUGGAGCUGGGGAGGCUGGCGGGGGUCGGGGAGACCCCCCUGAACCUGACCCUGCGCCCCAGGAGCCGCCGGGUGACAGCGGCGACACUGAGGCUGCGACUGCGGGGGGUCGUGCUCAGGGAGGGACACCCCACGGACGUGGACAUGCAGAGUGUCACCAGCCUGAGCCCCCCCGGGGACGUGGCCGACCUGGGGGACUUCGAGAGUGACCCCGAGGAUGAGGGGGGGGCGCACAGGGUGGGGGGCGCCCCCCCCGUGCCCCGAGCGCCCCCCCCCAGGAGGGCCCCCCCCCUCAUUGGGGACACGGAGGGACCCCCCGGAGCUGGGGGGGGACUCGGAGCCCCCCCCCGAAAUCACCGCGGGUCCCCCCGGGGGUCGCGGGGCGCUCCUGGCCUGGUGCCAGGGGGUCACGGCCGGGUACCGGGGGGUCGCGGUCACCGAUUUCGGGGGGUCCUGGAGCAGCGGGUUGGGGUUCUGCGCCCUCCUGCACCGGCUGAGACCCCGGGAAAUCGAUUUCGACGCUCUGGACCCCCGGGACCACCGGGGGCAACAACAAACGGGUGCGCCUUCGAUGCCUUCGCGGCUUUGGGGGUCCCGCGGCUCCUGGACCCCUCGGACAUGGAGACCCCCGACAGCCUCGGGGUCAUGACCUUCCUCAGCCAGGUCCGCGCGCUCCUGGGGACCCCCCCGGGGACCCCCCCGCGCCCCCCGGAGCGGCUCCAGCCAGGGGGGAUCCCCAGAGACCCCCCCGGACCCCCGGACGUCACCGAGGGGGAACCCCAAGAGACCGCCGCGGUCCCCCGGAGUGACGUCACCGAGGGGGAACCCCAAGAGACCCCCGCGGUCCCCCGGAGUGACGUCACCGAGAGGGAACCCCAAGAGACCCCCGCGGACCCCCGGAGUGACGUCACCAAGGGGGAACCCCAAGAGACCCCCGCGGACCCCUGGAGUGACGUCACCAAGGGGGAACCCCAAGAGACCCCCGCGGAUCCCCCCCAGCCCUGCCGCACCGAGACGGGGGCGCCCCCAGACCCCCCGGACCGCAUUGAGGGGGAGCCCCCCCGGGACCCCCAACUCAGCCCCCCCCAGCCCCCCCACACCGACACAAUUGAGGGGGGGCUCCCCCCGCCCCGCCCCGUUGAGGGGGAGCCCCCCCAGGACCCCCCCUCAUCUUUUGGGGAGGGGGCGGCUGGGCCCGGGGCCCCCCCCCCGCCUGCCCCGGCCCGUGGGGGGACCCCGACCUGCGGCGCUCGGGGAGGGGUCGGGACCCCCCCAAAAAGGGUGACGUCGGGACCCCCCCCCGCCCCUCCCCCCUCCGAGACCCCAAAGGAGCCCCCGGAGCCCCCCGAGGAGGAGAGCGGGGGACAGUGGGUGGUGGCCGAGCUGGUGGCCCUGGAGCAGGAGCAGGCCCGGCUGGACGCGCAGGCCCCGGAGCUGGAGCAGGAACUGCGGACACUGAUGGACAGCGGCGCGGACCCCCGCCGCGAGGAGCAGCUGCUCCGGGAUUGGUUCUCGCUGGUGCAGCAGCGGAAUUUGCUGGUGCGGCGACAGGACCAGCUGCAGCUGCUGGCGCAGGAGCGGGACCUGGAGCGGCGCUUCGAGCUCCUGAGCCGGGAACUGCGGGGGCUGCUGGGGACAGAGGAGUGGCAGAAGCCCCCGGCCCAGCGCCAGCGCGAGCAGCUCUUACUGGAGGAACUGGUGGCACUGGUGAACCGGCGGGACCGGCUGGUGCGGGACCGGCACCGCCGCGAGACCAGGGCGCAGGAGGAGGAUGAGGAGCUGGAGCGGAGCCUCGACCCCCGGCGCCGCCGCUUCGGCCGCAGGGAAACGUGCGGGAUCUGCUGAGGGACCCCCGGAACCCCCCCGGGACCCCCAAAACCCCGGGACACCCCCCGGGACCCUCAAACCCCCCCAGGACCCCCGCGGGAGCCCACCGGUCCCGCCCCUCGAUCCCGGCGGACGCGGCAAUAAAGGAGAUUUUCUGUGUGAAA